UCAGGAAAGCCCAAAGAUAAAUUGUCGUUUUCAGAAUUCCAAGUCGUUUGUUUAUGAUUCGAAGAAAUCGUACGAGCUUCGCCCCAAAAACUCAAAACCCAGAACCCCAGUUCACUCCUCAUCACUUACUGUAAUUAAAGGAAAAUGGUGGUAAGGAUUAGAUUAUCUCGAUUCGGAUGCAAAAACAAGCCGUUCUAUAGAGUAAUGGCAGCUGAUAGUAGAUCUCCCAGAGAUGGCAAACACUUGGAAGUUCUAGGUUACUAUAAUCCAUUGCCAGGUCAAGAUGGAGGCAAACGGAUGGGUAUUAAUUUCGACAGAGUCAAGUAUUGGCUAUCUGUUGGUGCUCAAGCUUCAGAACCUGUCCAGCGGGUUCUUUAUAGAGCAGGACUACUACCUCCACCACCAAUGGUGGCAUUGGGACGUAAAGGUGGUCCUCGCGACACUCGUCCAAUUAAUCCAAUGACUGGACGUUUUUUGAACCCCGAGAAUUCAGCCGAUGCUUCCAAGUCAAAUAGUGAUAAAAAGGCCGAUGAAGCGGAAUAAAAUGCCCCUUGAUACCUCUUUUUUUGCAGUUCUAGUGGACUUUUUUUAUCGCUGGAGUAAAUGAGCUUCAGAUCCGAUAUUUCUAAAAUCAACUUUCUGUGAGCAUAAUUGAAUGGUAAUCAGGUUUUCGUGUUGAUUUUUCGUGCGUUUAGAAAUAAGAACCUUUUUCAUCAUUAAGCUGAAGAACCUAUCCAUCCAUGGGCCAUGAGCCUCGUUGUUGAUUUGAUUCUUAAGGUCCCGCAAACCGCAGAGACAGUGAGAAAGUUGAAAAAACAGCUCGAGAGAUAUUUUCUUCUAUUGUUGAGGAAUGUCCGAGUGUAUUUGAUUUGUGGAGGUAUAUGUGUUACUCAUGAAUCUAAUCCAACUAAGCCAA